UUGAACGAAGAGGUCCCUAGAUGAAAGUCGCAUUGGCACUCCUCUAUAUCGCGUAAAACUUUCGCCCACGAAAGUAUAACUAAGUUAUAGUGACCUGACGAAAAGUUUGUAAAAUGCGGUGGACGGCGGUAGCGUUCUUCCUGAAUGUAAUUUAUUCAGUAUUAUCAACAAGCCCAAAUGAUGGAGAACCAUACCUGCACGUGAUGGCGAGACCCUCCGUAUACAACGCAGGGGUCAAACGAGCUAUUUAUUGCAAGGGACAAAAUAUGCCCGAGUUAAUAGACUGGCUGUCACCAAACGGAGAUGUCGUAGAAGGCCGCUCAACCAAAAACACCAGAGUGUACGUGGAGAGGUCUAAGAACGAUUCGCUCGUGAGCAGCUUAGUAGCUCUUAUCAUUCAAGAGACAAUGAUUGAAGAUACUGGCAACUGGACCUGUAGAGCUGGCUCUUUGAAUGAAACUAUUGAAAUAACAGUUGGGGUGAAAGCAAUGAUACCCAAUAAAUAUGAAAUCAUCGAAGGUGAAGAAGGAAAAUCAGUCAAGUUCGAUUGUGUUGCGAAAGGGCACCCAGCACCCAUAGUUCAGUGGUACAUUGAAAACGAUCCUAUUACUAAUGAUCCCAAAAAGUACAUAAUACGGGUGAAGGCGGACAACCAUCAGCUUGAAAUAAGGAACUUGACGCAUCGGGACACCAAUGAGUACGUGUGCAGAGUGACUCAGAAGGCACUGUCUCACUUCGCUGAUAAACGGGUGCAACUGAACGUCAACCACAAACCCUUCUUGGUGGACGAAAACAAUGAAGUGUCCUACUCCAAAUAUAAGGCGGAAGAGGUUUACGCGAUCAUCAAUGAAACCAAAAAUAUAACCUGCAUCGUUAUUGCCAACCCUCUUCCCACAUUCCGUUGGUACAGAACUGAAAAUGGCUUUGACGAACUAAUCACUGAUCCUGAUACGGUUAUGACCUCCGAGGAUGGCAAUAGCUCAGUGUUCAUUUUGAGAACAUUUGACGAGACUGCGUUCGGCCAAUAUAAAUGUUCAGCGAACAACAGUAAGGGACAAGUCACUAUUUUGUAUGAUGUUUCGCCUGGAAAUAAACCAAAUUCUCCUGAUUUUGUGGAGUUAGUAUCUAAGUCGAAAACUGAGCUUACAUUCAAUGUGACUUGUUCCACCUGUAAUAUGGCCACAACGGAGGAAGACAUGUCUGAGGACCCAAAAAAUCUUACAGUUCUAGGCUAUUCAUUCCAAGUAGUGGCUGAACAAGAAGGAUUUCUAGCUGAUUGGGAUGCAGCUGUCGAGUUUAUUAAAGAUAUAAAGGAAUUUAAUGAUACAUUGUUCACAUUAGGCCCACUUGCAAAUGACACAACAUACCACGUACGAGUACGCACGCGCAACGCAGCUGGAUUUUCUGAGUGGGUAAAAGUCACUCCCAAUCCUACAACAGACUUCGCAAACAGACUUGCUAUUUCGUCCAUACUUCUUAUUAUAUGUUUCUUGUACCCUUUAAUCAAUUAAAUAUUUAGUUCCAUAUAUCUUUAGUCGAACUACAUAUUUUCAAUUGUUAAAUCAGUCAACUGCGUUGUCUUAAUCGGGCUUGUUUACAUUUAUUUUUAAUUAUUAAUUGUAAAAAGAUAAUUAGACAUUCCAUUUUCAUAAAGCUAGGGAGGUGUUUUAUUUGGCUGUUGUUAAAAUAAGUGUUCAUUGAUGUUAAUUGUCAGUAUACUAUAUAAUCUAUAAAUGUUAGCUAUUUCGACUGCAAUUAUAAAAAAUCAUUAUAAGGUAAUGUUAAGAAUAUAAAUUAUAUAUUUAUUUGGAAAUUUUGUGCGUAAUUAUGUUAAUGUUAAAGUGUGAUUUAGCGGUAUAAUUUGCUUAUUAUAUAAUACAUUUUAAUUGUAGUUUCCGGAAUCAUUUUGGAAAAUUAUUUUGCUAGAGACUUCCGAUCAGAUUGUCCGAUUAAUAAAAUCUUUUUUCAUAAAAAUAAAUAAGUCUUUACAGUUUGUGUCCAUUGACUCACAUUAGGAUCACUCUGGAGGUUCAUUCUUGGGUUGCAGACAUCCGAAAGAACUGAAUUGCGCGGUUCGGAUUGAUGAACCUUGUUAAAACCUUGCAAACCAAUCUUAUUAGAAACUUUAUCAUGGCUUCAUUUAGCCAACGGCACUUUUCACGGUUCUUAAGUUUUUUCAAGGAAUAAUGGAAAAGAUUGUGUAAAUCUAAAGUAAAGAUUGUCUCUCCUUGUAUAAUAACUUAUUAUGUUUCUAAACAAAUUUGACCAAUUUCACGCAAUUUCGCCUUUAUAAGAUCAUGUUAAAACAUGAAUAUUGGUUAGUUUCAGAUAUUCUAGCGUCCGUUUUGAUAUUAAUUUUUCGUACUUUAUUCUGUCAACUUUCUACUGACAUAUAUUAUGACAAUAACCUUUAGAUAGCUAUAGUGAUUAUCCUAUUUACUUCAAUACCUGUCUACGAAAAUUUAUAUGUAUAAUUUCUCUUACAGAACAAAGUUCUUUAAAGUUAGCUGCAGUAGAUACAAUUGUAUAAAAUACAAAAUGAAAAUAUCAAAUAAAAAUUAGAUGUAGGAUUUGGUCCCUGCCUAUUUUUUGCUGUGUAAAUAUUUUGUUUAAUAAUUAUUUUAUCCAAAGCAAUUAUUUUUUAAGUAUUGUAAAGUGAUAUACUCUUAGUAUAUAAAUUUAAUUGUAGUUUAUGAAAAUAUAGUUUAUUUAAGUUAAUACUCUUGGUUUAGAUUAAGUAAAGUAGGUAUCUAUAAAAGAUUGCUUUGUUUUUUCAAAGUACUGUGUAUUAUUAGUGGCCUAGCAUAACUUAUCGUUUUACCUUAAGUCAAUUAUUGAAUUCGAGUUUACCUUUUUAUUUACAUAAGUGUUUAAUUUGACUAUUUUAAUUAUUAAAAAACCCUGUUUUAGAGACUCAUAUUUGUCUAAUAUCUUUGAUUGGUUUAAUGUAUCAUUUGAUUACGUCCCCUGGCACUUAUCUUAUUUAGUUAAUCUCUCAAGACUCCGAAAGUAAGUUAUCCUAGGCUUUAUAUAAAUAAUAUAUAUGUAUUUCUGUACAUUCCCAUUUACGUGAAUUAAUUUUAUUAUAGGACUGUACUAGAUGCUGCUAUAAAAUUCUAAGUGUGCAAUUUCCAGAAGUAUCGUUGCCCUAUACACUGUUUCAGCGUCCUUUCGCCCGCCCCGUACAAGGUCGGCUAACCACUGGCCUUGGGCUUUCAUUGUAAAACCAUUUUGUGCCAAAGCGGUGCUUUUACAAGCUCCUGCAGCCCAGUAUAGUACUGGCUUGUUUGGCUAAACUUGUCCUAAUUUACAUCCAGCCAACCAGGCCAAAAUAAAUAUUUUUUUCCAAAAUAAAUAAAGAUGUGCGCUUGUGGACUCGUUUUAUAUUAGAAAUGUUUUAUGAAUUACCAAAAUACACUGCCACUGGUGUCUUACUAUUUUACCAUUGUCAGUGCCUACAGAAUCCGAAUGGGCAAAAGAUCAAACGUUAGUUUUCCACUGUAUAACAUGACGUAUCCCAAAUAUUCCACGGAGAUGAAACUGGAAGCCUGUUAUCUUCGAUGCAUAAUAUAAGAUGAUCAGAUCUAAUGAUAAGAUCAAAGAUCCAGAAUAAUAAGGAGUAAGUUUCAGGAGCAUUCUAACUGAUUGCGUGUUACACAAACAAUAGAUCAGUCUAAUUUAAUAAAACCCAAGCCAAGACCGACUUGCUAGCAAGAUAAUUUGAUUUGUUUAUAACUUAAUGUGAAUUUAUUUCCACUCUUCAAUAUUAAGAUAAAUUAUUGUAUUUGUAAAACGUCCGUCAAUUGUAUUUGCAUGGGCUUUUCAAUUACCUAGUUAUAUUCUACUUCAGGAAGACUGAAUUUCCUACUCCAAUGUUCUUCUCCAUUCAUUAAAUGUUUUUAAGUAUUUCAUAGUUAUUGUGAUCGCUUGUAAAGCACCUUAAUCGGAGCAUUAAUUAUGAGCUACUUGUUUACUUUAUAUGUUCAUUUAUUAUUUUGUACAGCAUACAAAUGGACUUUGACUUAGGCUAUAUAAAAGCCUAAGACUAUGACGGACGUUAGUCGGCCAAGAGUCUCAGUGGUAUAUGGGCUAGUUCUUUAAAAAUUUCGUUCAUAUAUUUUUGAAACUCAUAUUUUAUUGUAUUGCUUGCAACGCCUGUAUGAAUGUAUCUGUUUGUAUAUAAAUAAAUUCAUAGCAUUCUCACAUUUACGGUAUUGUUGGUUGCAGAUGUUAUGUUACACAGGAUGCCUAUAAUAAAGGUGAUUUAUAAA